CGACGCUACUGAAACGACCGCUAAGAUUAGCGCCACCUUCUCAUGGCGGCCGACUUCGACCCGUACACGAAGCAAUGGAUGCGCGAGGCCAUGAUGAGUCGCGACAUCAUCGGCGACCUCGAAGCCGUUAACGCCAAGCUCCGCGCCGACCUGGAGCGCAAAAGCUUUCAACUCGAUCUUAUGGACGCGUGCGUCUCUCAGAUCGGCGCCACGGAGAAGCUCCAGAGCGCUAUUGACGCGCGCCUGCAUCCGCCAAAGGACGCGUACCGCAUAUCGCCGCAAAGGCUCUCGCCGCGGAAGAAAGACGGUCGCAGUGACGAACUCAUAUUUGGCGGCGAGAGCAACAAGUUCGCCCACGGCAGCGAAGCGCUGCAGAAUAUGAUCGAAGCCCACACCCCUCGCAAAGGCCACCCCAUCUCGCAGCCGUACGAGCCGCCGCGGGAGCCCAUCAGUCCACGCAAAAUCAAGCAUGACGCGCAACUAUUCGGGGGCGCGUCACCAGAAAACAAGUUUGCCUUUGGAAGUCCUCGGCACAACGACUAUGUCGAGCACCAUCACGCUGUUCGGACCAAUGAGAUCACAGAGUGCCCCAAGCACGAACAAGGCUAUGUGUGCGGCUCGGACGCGUAUCAGAAGACGGCGGCGUACGACAGCAGCUACAUGGGCCAAACGGCACGGACCGAGCACGCGCGCAGCUGGACAUUUGAGCGCGAAGAGGCUGCGCUGCGGCAGUCCAAAGACAUUUUUGGCAACGAGAAGAAAAAGCUCCUGCUGCCAGGGCGGCCCACGCAUACGUACGACUGCAUCGACCAGCUCGUGCAGUCAACAGACCGGCGAAGUCCUCGCCGGAGUGGCAACAACCCUCACUAAUCUUUAAAUGUACAAGUCGUCCAUCGAAGA